UGAUCUAUUUCUCCGGCCCGCGGCGGCCACUGGCGGCAUCACUGAGGGAGAACGGAGCCACGAUCCGCAGGCCAUCUUUCUCACUCAAACAAUCAUCAUCAUGAGCACAGUCGGUAAGCCCAUUAUCUGCAAGGCUGCUGUUUGCUGGGGUGCUGGCCAGCCCCUCAAGGUCGAGGAUGUUGAGGUUGCGCCCCCGAGCGCUAAUGAAGUCCGCAUUAAGAUCUUGUACACUGGUAUAUGCCAUACUGAUGAGUACACUCGCAGUGGCAAGGAUCCUGAGGGUCUCUUCCCCGUGAUCCUUGGUCACGAAGGUGGAGGUGUGGUUGAAUCGGUUGGUGAGGGUGUCACAAGCGUGUCAGUUGGCGACCACGUUGUCCCGCUUUACACUGCUGAGUGUCGCGAAUGUAAAUUCUGCAAGAGUGGGAAGACCAAUCUGUGUGGAAAAGUGAGAACAACCCAAGGUCAGGGUCUGAUGCCUGACAGCACUAGCCGCUUCACGUGUAAGGGUCAACCCAUCCACCACUUUAUGGGAACUUCAACGUUCUCACAGUACACUGUGGUGGCAGAGGUGUCUGUCGUCGCUGUGAACAAGUCUGCGCCUCUCGAGAAGGUCUGUCUUCUUGGUUGUGGCAUCACCACCGCAUGGGGCGCAGUUGUGAAGCAGCCAGGCAUCAAGGGCUCCAACGUCGCCGUUUUCGGAUGCGGUGCCAUCGGUCUCGGUGUCAUCUCUACCGCGUCGGUAGUCGGUGCUUCUCGGAUCAUUGCUGUCGAUACGAACCCCGCGAAAGAUUCUUGGGCAAAGAAAAUGGGUGCUACCGAAUUCGUCAACCCUACGGCGCUCCCGGAGGGCAAGCGCAUUCAGGAUUACUUGGUCGAUAUCACUGAUGGCGGGUUGGACUUUACCUUUGACGCCACUGGCAAUGUACAUGUCAUGCGUGCUGCGUUAGAGUCGUGCCACAAGGGCUGGGGUGUGAGCACCGUCAUCGGUGUUGCUGCUGCUGGCCAGGAGAUAUCGACGCGUCCGUUCCAACUGGUUACUGGUCGCACAUGGCGAGGUACCGCGUUUGGAGGAGUGAAGGGUCGCACUGAGCUUCCUGGUCUCGUCGAAGACUACUUGCAAGGCAAGCUCAAGAUCGACGAAUACGUCACCCACCACCGCAAAUUUGCGGAAAUCAACGAGGGUUUCCACGACAUGCACGGUGGUGACUGUAUCCGCUGUGUCGUCGAUAUGACGGAGUAAAAGGAUAGGACCAGUUGUAUCCACGAAUGGUAGUCUUGAAACCUCGAAUAACUGUUGAACACCAAGUGAGAAUGUUAUUAGCAAUUGCGAAGCUUAAAUAGAUUUUGGGGUGAAGUAAAUAAUUCACUGAUCAUCCGUCUUCCCCUGUCCCUCCCAGACAAAGCAGCCCACAGUAAUAUAAGGGCUGCAUUGACCUCCCUCCGCCUUGUAGCCGUCUUCUUCCACGUCAGUCUCAGCAACCCGAGAACUGCCAAAGAAAAUGAUAUAUCAAGCAACAGUCUCCGCACAAUAGUGAGUACCGGAGACCGGUUCUCGCUCCGACCAAAGAAUAUAAACAGCUGUUUCAAUGACACCGCCAUCCGUGACA